AUGAGAGGCGGCGGCGUAAGUGGAAACAGCGUCUUCGAGACUAUAAACGCAGCUGCUACUGCUAUUGCUUCCUCCGAUGAUCGUGUUCAUCAAGCGUCUCCGAUACGCAAGAAGCGAAAAUGGUGGAAUCGAUUGAGUAUCAUCUUCAUAUGUUUCAGACCUUCAAAACAACAACAGAGGAAACGAAUCGGAAAAGCUUCUCUCGCACCAGAACCGGUACAAUCAUCAACCGAUUCCACAUCCGGUUAUCGUUCGGUUAUCACGGCUCUCCCCUUCAUAGCUCCACCGUCAUCACCGGCUUCGUUUUUCCAAUCAGAGCCUCCUUCCGCAACACAAUCACCAGUCGGAGUCCUCUCUUUCAGUCCAAUACCAAACCGUCCUUCGAUAUUCGCCAUUGGACCUUACGCUCACGAGCUCCAAUUAGUCUCUCCUCCGGUUUUCUCCACUUACACCACCGAACCAUCUUCAGCUCCGAUCACACCUCCUCUCGAUGAAUCCAUCAACUUAGCCGCCACCACAACAACACCUUCUUCGCCGGAAGUCCCUUUCGCUCAGCUCUUUAACUCAAACCAUCAUCGGUUUCCGAUCUCUAACUAUGAGUUUCAGUUUUACCAACUCCCUCCCGGUAGUCCACUUGGUCAGCUUCUCUCUCCGAGCUCCGUCGUAUCCGGUUCCGGUCAGACGUCUCCUUUCCUCGCUCAGUUUCAAGAUCCUCCGAAGCUAUUGAGCCCCAGGCUGCGUAAACCGGUUUCGUUCGAUCUUGAUUCGGAUCAUGUCAUUAGAUGUGUUGAUCAGAAGCUGAGGACGACGUUCCCUGAAGCAUCGUCUAAUCAAGAAGAAGAAGGAGAAGAAGGGACGACGACGCAGCAGCAGCAACAUAAGGAGUUCAAUUUCGGCACGGAUGAGAAACGUUUGACCAUUGAUGAGGAGGUACAGAGAGAUUCUUCUUCGACCAAGAAUAGUAACGAUUGGUCGUUUUUCCCUGUGAUGCAAUCAGGUACACUUAGCUAA